AUGGCUCUCUCCGUCGAGUCGCUGAAUGGAGACACUUCUUUUCUCCUUACCUUUGACCCACCCGCUGCCCCACUAUCGUCGCCGGGAUUGUUCCCAGGAUCGUUCACGAUUCUGGUUGACCCCUGGCUUUCAGGGCCCUCCAUCAUCCUAAACUCCGUCUUCUCGCAUUCUGUACAGAGAGCGAAACCAUCCGUCGCGAGCCUGAGAGACCUUGACCGCGAACCCGACCUCGUGCUUAUAUCCCAAGACAAGCCAGACCACUGCCAUGAAGCUACCUUGCGCCAACUCCCACCAGACUGCGAAGCAACUAUUUUAGCCAUACCGUCUGCGGCCAAGAAGAUUCGCUCAUGGAAACACUUUCGUCCCAGCCUUGUGCACGCUCUGCCGAAGAUCGCCAAUGACAAUCGCCUCAUCGCCCCUCCCGGUGGCACAGAGAUCGCCAAGAGUCUGUAUGCCAAAGCCUGGAUAUCUGCCCAUGAUGCAGACAAGGACAAUCGGGGCUGGGCCGUCAAGUUGACCCAGAUUGCACAGCACGCGGUUGACGAAGUGAAGAAGAUGGUGGAAGAGGGUGUCAUCAGGAAGACGCUGCCAAAUACCGAAGUCUGUUCGCUGAGGGCCGGCGACAAGCAUCGGAUUGCUGUGGGAUGA